AUGCCUCCAGCUCAAGCUCAACCAAAUCUAAAUGGGCAACACAUGGCACAAACUUCAGGAUUGGGAGAGACCAACUUUAAUGAAGUAAAUGCCAUAACCACUAGAUUUGGAAAAGUCAUUGAACCAGCCAUUCAAUUUAGGCAGAAUGAAAAAGAAUCAAGUGAGCCUAACGAGAGUAGCCCCAGUGAAAAAGUAGUAGAAGCUCCAAUUAGGGUACCUUUCCCUCAAGCCCUCAAAUCUACCUCGAAGUUAACCACUCAACACAAUGAAAUCCUAAAGCAUCUUAAAAAAAAAACAUCAUGUCAAGAAAAUCGUUUUCUUGAUCGAGCAGAGCAAAUGAGUGCUAUGAUAGAGCAGAGGAUCCCACCUAAGGUUAAGCACCCUGGUUUUCCUACCAUCUCUUGUGUCAUUGGGAAUCGUGAGUUUGCACAAGAAUGGUCUGAUGAAACUAUCUUUGGGAAUAUUACUCUAGAAGUUAAUAUUUUUCAUGUCAUCAAGCAACCUAGAGAAGAAGAUGAAUCUCAUCAAACUUACAUAAUUGAUGCACUAACGCAGGAAGAAGUAUCUGCAAAAAUUGAUUUUGAUCCCUUGAACUCUUUCCUCCUAAAUUCUAAAAUCUCAAUUGGUUUUGAUAUUGAUGAAUAUGCUACCAGUUGUGGAUUCCUUGGACCAGAUGAUACAUUUCCUCUUUUGAGCAUUUUGAAUGAGCAUAAAUCUGUACUAGGGUGGACCAUAGCCGAUAUCAAAGAUAGUAAAUGGUUAAAUACUGCCACUCACAAGGACCAUUUCCUUCUCCCUUUUCUGAACCAAAUACUCGAACGUAUAGCUGGUCCUCCCUUUUAUUGCUUUCUGGAUGGAUACUCUGAUGAUUGCAUGAAAGUGUUUAUGGAUGACUUAACUGUGUUUGGAACCUCUUUUGAUGCAUGUAAACUGACCUCCGUACCUAUAAUGCAAUCACCUGAUUGGACAUUGCCAUUUGAAAUUAUGUGUGAUGCUAGUGAUUUUGUGGUAGGUGUUGUUCUUGGGCAACGAAAGAAAGAUCAUGCCACCCUUAAGUAUCUUCUUGCAAAGAAGAAUGCUAAGGCACUAUUAAUACGACUGACAUUUGAAGACACAUCAAACAUCUUGUCAAUGAGAGAUGAAUUUCCUGAUGAGAAUCUACACUUUGUCUCAUCUUUACCCUGGUUUGCUAACAGUGUAAAUUACUGGGCUGCAGGAGAAAUCCAAAGGAGUGGAGCGCACAGGAUAAAAGAAAGUUCUUGGUUGAGAUUUUUGUCAUAUCUAGCUUGUGGAGGCCAAUUUUCUAUGAAAAAGACCGCUGCAAAAAUUUUGCAAUGUGAUUUUUAUUGGCCUACUUUGUUUAAAGACUCUAAUACUUAUUGUAGAUCUUGUGGGAGGUGUCAAAAAUUAGGUGCUAUUUUUCGACGUAAUAUGAUGCCUCUAAAUUCCAUUUUGGUAAUUGAAGUAUUUGAUUGUUGGGGUAUCGACUUUAUGGGAUCCUUUCAACCUUCUUUUGGCUACCUUUAUAUCAUUGUGGAGAUUGAUUAUGUGUCUAAAUGGGUAGAUGCAGCUGUUUGUAGAGCCAAUGACAAUAAAAUGGUUGUUAAGUUCCUUACAGAAAAUGUUUUGUCUCGGUUUGACACACCACGCGUCAUUAUUAGUGAUAGAGGCACACACUUUUGCAGUCGUUUAUUUGAGGCACUAAUGAAAAAGUAUGGGGUUAUUUACAAAAUUUUCACCGCUUAUCACCCCCAAACUAGUGGACAUGUAUAUUUGGCCAAUAUGGAGAUUAAACAAAUUUUAGAGAAGAUGGUGAACCCCAAUUGUAAAGAUUGGUCAUUGAGACUACAUGACGUACUUUGGGCCUACUGCACAGCUUUUAAGACUUCGUUAGGCUUGUUACAUUAUAUGCUUAACUUCGGAAAGCCUUGUCACUUACCUGUCGAACUUGAGCACUGA